CUGAAAACGAAGAGCUCUUGUUCUCUCUCUCCUCAUCUUUUGCUUCCUCUGUAAAUAGAUUGCCAUUUCUUCUAAAUAGCACCCAAAAAAAAAAGCUUCUCUCUUUCGCAAUCCAGUUCCACUUUGUUCCUCUAAAGCCUUCUCUUUUGAAGUGAAGAAGCUAGAACAUUGUUGCAACGAAAAUUUAGAAAGCAUAAAAUUAAAACUCCAUAAGAAUUUAAAUCUUUUUUUGGUGUCAUGAAGAGACUUAGCAGUUCAGACUCAAUGUGUGGUCUACUCUCCAAUUCUACAGAUGAUCAGAGUCCACGAGGGUACGGAAGUAAUUUUCAAUCUAUGCUUGAUGGUUACGAAGAAGAAGGUACAAUAGUCGAGGAAUAUUCCGGCAACCACCACAUGGGUAUAUCGGAGAAGAAGAGACGGUUACGCGUUGACCAAGUCAAAGCUCUUGAGAAGAAUUUCGAGCUAGAGAACAAACUCGAGCCCGAGAGGAAAACGAAACUAGCACAAGAGCUUGGCCUUCAACCUCGUCAAGUAGCGGUUUGGUUUCAGAACCGCCGUGCACGGUGGAAGACAAAACAGCUCGAAAAAGAUUACGGCGUUCUCAAGAACCAAUACGACUCUCUCCGCCACAAUUUCGAUUCCCUCCGCCGCGACAACGAUUCCCUUCUCCAAGAGAUUAGCAAAAUCAAAGCUAAGAUAAACGGAGAAGAAGUUAACAGAGCUACGAUUGAGAGUGAUAUCUCCGCCGUGAAAGAAGAGAAAGUUUCGUUGCCGGAGAAAUUAUUUCACAAAACGGAUCCGACUCCUUCCUCUCCUCCUCAGUUUCUAGAACAUUCCACCGGUUUUAACUACCGGCGAAGCUUCACCGAUCUCCGUGACCUUCUACCGAAUUCCACCGCCGCCGUCGACGCUGGAUCUUCCGACAGCUGCGAUUCUAGCGCCGUUCUGAACGAAGAAACCAGCUCCGAUAACGGACGAUUGACGCCGCCGACUACGGUUACCGGCGGGGAUUUCUUACAGUUCGUGAAGACAGAGCAGAGGGAGGAUCAUGACGAUUUUCUGGGCGGUGAAGAAGCUUGUGGUUUCUUCUCCGACGAACAACCACCGUCUCUUCACUGGUACUCCGCCUCCGAUCACUGGACAUGAGAAUCGUUCAUCGGAGGCGAUUGAGUGAUCGGUUUAAUUGUGCUCUGUUAUUACUCUCUGUGGAGUCCAAAACUGGAAUAAUCCAAAAUAAGGAAAUUAAGGAAGGAUUAAGGAGUAGUUAAUAUGGGGUUAAUAUUGUAAUUGUGUUUAUUCUCGUGUAAUUAAAACGAUGUCGAGAGGUGUGUUUCACGGAUAUGAAAUCAAGUCAUCGGAGAAACUCAGAAUGAAA